CCGGUAUUUCCAAAGCUUUUUUUUCCCCGUACCAUCGAGUUGGUAUAUUUUUUUUCGAAAGCUGUUUUGCUGUGAAUAUUCAGUAUGGAUGAAACCGAUUUAAAUUUACUAAGGGAUUCAUUGGCGAGUUUAAAGUUCCUUGCGUAGUAAGUCUACGAGUCUGUUUCGUGCCAUUUAAACUAAACUGUUGCCUCAUUUAUCGGAUCUUGUAUGUGGUCUGACGAACUUGCUACGAGACUAGAACUACAUUUGUCUGCUUCACUGCUCUCUUAAGUAUAACGUAAUGAACAUUUUGCCCAAAAAGAGCUGGCAUGUGCGCAAUAAGGACAACAUUGCGCGCGUGCGCCGCGACGAGGCUCAAGCAGCAGAGGAACAACGCGAGAUUCAGCGACGAGUGGAACGCGCGAGCAAGCAGGCUCGAACCGAGUAUUUGAGAAAGAAAUCUCAAGCAGCCCUUCAGCAGACAGGGAAAGGAACAGAGGAUGGAGAGACGGCAGAGGCAAGCCGAGGAGCCCGAGAGAUAGAACACCUAAAUCUGUUUCCUCUAGAGGACUCCUCUGAAAAGAAAGGAAAUGCAGAAUACCUCAAAGAGAAGAAGGAAGAGAAGGAGAAGCAGGAACGUGCUAUUGGUCUUUUAGUGUCUCUAGGUCCAGCUCCUGGAACAGAAGCAACUCCCUGGUACAUGAAAUGUGGAAAAGAACAGGAAGAAGAUAAAGAUAAGAAAGAGAAAGGCAACAACAAGGCAAGAACCAUAACUGAAGAGGAGAAAGAAAAGAAAGACAGGAAGCUAAAAGACAGUUUGGAUCCUCUUAAAGAAAUGAAGAAAUCACUGGCAGUGAAGCACGGGAAGGAGAGAAAGCAUAAGAACAAGGAGAAGAAAUACAGAGGAGAGAAGAGGAGUGGAGAGAGUUCAGUUGAAAGAUUACGGGCUGAACGACUGCAGAGAGAAGCGGAGGAGAAGAAAAGGACACAGGCUUUACUGGAUCAGAGGAGCGGAGGCGGGAAAGAAAAAGAGCAAGAGCGAGAGAUGGGGGAUAGAGACAGACCAUACAACAGUGCCUACUUUCCUGAAUUGGCACGGAAAAGGCAAAGGAGAGAUCGAGAUCAGUAUGGCUUUUAUUAGCUUAUAAAGUGAUUGAUUCAAUAAGUCUAGAAACUGCAGAACUGUUUUGUGGUCGGACAAGAAAUUACCCACAUGCAAAGUGUGAAGAGCAUUUAAAAUGUCUGAUUACUACUGUACCUAAAAGCCAUCGAUCUGGCCUCUGCAACACUUUUAUUGGCGUCAGAUGUCUUGGAAAA